AUGAGUGACUCAUUUUCGGUGACGCCUCCGGCGUCGCCUCUGGAUCCAUCUAAAGUUGGUGAUGGAGGAACAAGUGGUAAUGUAGGUUUGGGUACACAUAAUCAACAGAAAACUACCAAUAUCUCUUACAGAAAUAUUGUAACUGGAGGAGAUGCUGCUUCAUUGGUGGAUAUGAAUGAAGAUGAGGAAGAGAUCCAUGCAGAUGGAGAAUGGGAUGCUGAUAUAGAAGAUAUGCUGAAUGGGAUCAAAGUGAAAGAGGUCAAAGUUGGAGGGUAUGAUUGUCCUCAAAUAACUCUGUCUAAGUUUGAGGAGAACCGGAUUCAAAGGCCAUGGAGAAGGGGAGUUAUUGUGAAGCUGCUAGGAAGAAGAAUAGGAUAUAAGGCAUUGGAAAAUCGUCUGAAGCAGAUGUGGGUAAAGAAAGGCAUCAUCAAUAUCAUAGAUCUUGGUCAUGAAUACUACUUGGUUACAUUCACCCAUGAAGAUGAUAAAAAUGAAGCUCUAUUGGAUGGGCCGUGGUUUAUUUAUGAUCACUAUCUUACAGUCAAGGAGUGGACACCAAAUUUUCAUCUUGAAAGUGAAGCCAUUGUUAAUGUAGCAGUGUGGAUACGAAUUGCAAAUCUACCAAUCGAGUACUAUGAUCUAAAGCUACUCCAUGUGAUUGGUAAUUUAGCAGGACAAACCGUAAAAGUGGAUAAGAAUACGCAUCAACGAGAGAGGGGGAAAUAUGCCAGAAUCUGUGUGGAAGUGAAUAUUUCUAAACCUCUAUUGGCUAUUUUUUCCAUUAGAAAUAGAAACUACAAGAUUGAGUACGAGGGAUUGCACAUGUUAUGUUUACGAUGUGGGAAAUUUGGACAUUACAAAGAAGGAUGUUCGAUUAGAGAUAAUAAUGGAGGCAGUAUGGCACGAGGAGAUAAAGAGAAAGGACCUACUAUUCAUAUGAGAAAGGAGAAUGGCUUGGUUGUGCAGAAGAAGAAAUUGGGGAGGAAACCGCCAGAGUUGAAGAAAAAACAAACGCCGGUCAACAAUUGGAGCGGCAAAACCGGUUCAAGGUUUGUUUCACUUUUGGGUGACGUGGCAAAAUCCAGUGGACCCAAGAAGGUUAGUGCUGAUUCCCAGGCGGUGCAUUUGGAAACAAAUGAUGAGGCUUUGAUUGGAUGCAAUUUAAUAGGGGACAAAAAGAAUGAUAUGCCUUUAUUAGGUAUAGCUGGAGUGGGGGAUAAAGGAAAUGAUGAGGAGUUGAUCUUGUCGUUGAAUAGAAUGGAAGUUAAUGAUGACGUAAUUAAUGUGUUUAUUGAAAAUAAUAGUGCCACCAUGCAACGUGAAUUCUUAACCCAGAACUAUGUCAAAGAUGGCAUUACUGAAGACAAGAGAGAGAAAGGACCAGUUGAUAAAACUCAAAAUUUACAAGGGGGUGGACAAAAGGAUGAAGUCAAUAACACAAAUAUAGUUCAUUUAGUUCGACCGCCAGGAAAAAAGUUUGUGUAUGGAGAGUGCACACUUGAAGAUAUACAAGAUCCAGAGAUGAGUGCUGGUAUGGAUACGUCUAUGCACACUAUGGAGGUCUUGGAAAAGAAACAGAAUAGCCAAGGAAUAGAAGAAGAAAUGGUGGAUGAAACACCUGAAGGAGGAGCAGCAGACAAGGAUUUCUUUAGGUUUUGUAAAUAUUAUACAGAUAUAUACAAACCAGAGGUCAUUGUUCUUAUGGAAACGAGAAGUGAGCCGAUAAAGUUGCAAACUCCGUUAAAGAAAUUGGGUUUUCAACAAUUCAUAUCGGUUAAUAACAAUGGUUAUGAAGGAGGGAUACUAGUAGCCAGUAAAGACGACAACAUGCAGCUGGUUCUGAUUAAUAAGAGUGAUAAGUUUAUUCAUAUGCAAGGCACUGAUAAGCAUGGGAAUGACUGGCGAUUUACUGUGAUUUAUGUGAGACCUAACCCUAGCAUCAGAAAAGACUUGUGGGAGAAUAUGAGGAGUAUUGCUAUUGAUAUGGAUAGACCUUGGCUUGUCGCUGGUGGUUUCAAUGAUAUAGCCUCUGCGAAUGAGAAAAAAGGUGGAGGUCAAGUGUCAGCUCAAAAAUGUCAGAUUUUUAGAGAUAACAUGGAGGCUUGUAAACUGGUGGAUCUUGGAGCUCAUGGGCCUAAAUUCACUUGGCGGGGCCCUAUCUAUCAUGGUGGUCAGAGAGUCUAUGAAAGACUGGAUCGUGCUAUAUGCAAUGAGGAAUGGAGACUGUUAUUUGAGGAAGCCCAGACUAGAGUUUUAACGAGAGUGGAAUUCUCGGACCAUCAUCCAAUCAUGACAUCCUUUAGAAGUUGUAAUCAUGAUAGAGCUGCUAAGCCGUUUAGGUUUGAGAUCUCAUGGAUGAUUGAAAAUAAGUAUAUUGAUAGACUCAAAGGACAUUGGAACAAUAAGGAGGAUUUGGUGUCUAACCUUAAAAGAAUUGAACAUGAUGCAACAGAUUGGAAGAAGUUUUCUAUUCAGCAUGUGCAACGGGCCAAGAAAGGUUUGAUGACACGUUUGAAUGGUAUUCAAAGGAACAUCCACCUCAGGCAGAAUAAUAGAGGUCUUCUUAAGCUAGAAAAGAAGUUGCAAGAAGAACUCAAAACAAUUCUGCGACAAGAGGAACUCAUGUGGUUUCAGAGGUCAAGAACUAAAUGGUUGGUUGAUGGAGAUCGAAACACAAAAUACUAUCACCUGCAAACAGUAAAGAUAAGGAGAAAGAAUAAAAUCCUCAUGUUAAAGGAUGAGAGUGGCAAUUGGAUUGAAGAUAAUGCUUAG